GCUCCGCGGGCAGCCCCGCCCCGGCCCCCCCCGAGCGGCGGUGGGGCCAGUGGGCGGGGGCCGGGCGGAGCGGGGAGCACGGCGCGGCUCGGCACGGCGCGGCUCGGCACGGCACGGCUCCGCUCUCCCGCCAUGGCAUCCAAGUGCCCCAAGUGCGACAAGACCGUGUACUUCGCUGAGAAGGUGUCUUCCCUGGGCAAGGAUUGGCACAAGUUCUGCCUGAAGUGUGAACGCUGCAACAAGACCCUGACCCCGGGUGGGCACGCUGAGCACGAUGGGAAGCCCUUCUGCCACAAGCCCUGCUAUGCCACGCUCUUUGGCCCCAAAGGGGUGAACAUUGGUGGUGCUGGGUCCUACAUCUAUGACAAGCCACAGAUUGAGGGGCAGACAGCUCCAGGACCCAUCGAGCACCCAGUGAAGGUGGAGGAGAAGAAGGUGAACGCUGCACCACCCAAGGGACCCAGCAAAGCUUCCAGUGUCACCACCUUCACUGGGGAGCCCAACAUGUGCCCACGCUGUGGCAAGAGGGUCUACUUUGCUGAGAAGGUGACAUCCCUGGGGAAGGACUGGCACCGUCCCUGCCUACGCUGCGAGCGCUGCAGCAAGACCCUGACCCCGGGGGGCCACGCUGAGCAUGAUGGACAGCCAUACUGCCACAAGCCCUGCUACGGGAUCCUCUUUGGGCCCAAGGGUGUCAACACUGGAGCUGUGGGAAGCUACAUCUAUGACAAAGACCCCGAGGCAAAGAACCAGCCCUAGAUGAUGUCCCCCCCAAGCCCACUGCCUGCUCUGUGUCCCCAUACUAACCUCCUGCUCACAGCCAGAGCUGGCCACAGAGCUGGGCUCUCUCUGCUGUCUCUACUCGGGGCAGGAUGGCCCUGCCCCCCAGGGUUAUAUAUCAUAGUCUCUAAUAUAAGCUUCAGUGUUUAAAGGGAAAGGUAAAAAGGUGUCUCUGGUGGUCCCCAAUGCCCUCUGCCCUCUGCAGCCCUCCCACCAACUGCCCCAGAGCAGGGGGCAGCAGGGUGGGUGUGGGGAUGUCACCAUAUGUGGGACAGUGGGUGGUACCCGAGGGGCUGAUGGCAGGGGGAAGGUGAUGGCAGGAGUCCUACCAGAGGAGGGUGCCCAUCUGGCAGCCUUUCUGUCCCUUCCUGGCCUCUGUGCCCUGGUUCUUACUCUCCCUGGGCCCCAUGGCUGACCCUAACCCACCACUGGGAUCCUGGGGGCUGGCAGAUCUCUGCAUCUCCAUCCUUGCACCCCCAGGGCAUCCCUGUAGGUGCACCCAGGAACGUUUUGGGUUUGUGCCUCCCUCCCCCUGACCUUGGUGGCAGAGCCCAUGAUGGCAGGAGAAGGCACCUGGGGGAGUGGGUUGCUCCCCACCUUCCGAGGGCAGAGUGCAUUGGGCUGGCUGGCUGGGUGGUGGGCAUCCACCUGCUUGCCAGAGCUGGAGGUUUCUCAUUGUUGUUGUUUAUUUAUGAGCUGUUUGUAAAUGUGCUCGCUUUGGAGAAUGAUUUGUGCCCCCCACUCUCACUCACACCCCCCACCCCCUUUGCACACCCAGCCCCCUUGCUGCCCAGAAGGCUGGGGAGGGGUCAAUGCAAGGGACCCACAGGGUGACAAGCCCUGGGGUACCAGCACUUCACUCUCCCUGGGCUCCCGGGGCUGGAUUUUGUUAUUUGCUGACAAUAAAAGGUUUUGAGAGA